AGGCUCCGACUGCUGACGGACACUCGCCGGUGGCAGCUCCUGCCGCGGAGGAAGGGGCCGGGCGGCUCCCCGGGGAGUCCAGGGCAGGCGCCACUGAGGGCUCUCUGCCUCUUUCCGUGGGCCUGGGGUGGGGCGUCGAGGGGGGAAGCGAGUCGACGUUUCCUCAGGGACGGGAGGCUCUCAACGGAGUCCCAUUGAAUUCAUUGGGUCUUUCUUCCAAGAUGACUUUAGGUUCAUAGACCUUGAUAGCUGCAUCCUCAGAACUGUGUCUACCCCACAGAAAUCCGGUGCCUGACACAGUGGAAAUUCUGCUGCCAUGAGCCCUCCAGCUGCGAAUCCCAAGAUUCUGUAUCGGAAUUCCCGCCUUCUCCGUAUGGUGUUCCUGCAGCUCCAUCGGCAACAGAGAGCUGACUUAUUUUGUGAUGUUGUCCUACAAGCAGAAGGGGAAGCUGUUCCAGCUCACUGUUGCAUUCUAUCAGCCUGCAGCCCUUUCUUCACAGAGCGUUUGGAGCGAGAAAUGCCCCCCAAAGGACACAAGGUGGUGCUAGAGAUCCGGGGGCUGAAAAUUGGGACUUUACGUAAGCUGGUGGAUUUCCUCUACACCUCUGAGAUGGAGGUGUCCCGGGAAGAAGCCCAGGAUGUUCUUGCAGCUGCACGGCAGCUUCAGGUGUCAGAGCUAGAGUCACUUCAUCUAGAAGGAGGAAAGUUGGUCAAAAAAUCCCUGGGCCCUAGAUUAAAUCGGGAUUGCCUACAGCUAUCUAGUCCAUUAUCCAUCCCAGAGUUAACGCUGUUUCAGUCUCCCCCUGCCUGCAGUGGUAGUUCCUUGACGUCAUGGCUGUCUUCAAAUAUGCAGCACACUGUAGUGAAAGUUCCAUGCACCAAGGAAAUGGAUAACAAUAGCAGCAUUGUCCAGAAAGCUGUCAAGAAGGAAAAACCAGAAGCAUUGAUGAGUAGGAAUGAAGACCAGAUGCCUAAAGAUCCAGCAGUUACCGCUGAGCCCCUUAGAACUAAAGUUAAAAAACGUCUUACAGGCAUGGGAAAGAAUAUAUUAGGCAAUAAUGAGCAUGACAGUUUGCGGACACAGGAUGGGACUGGUGAUAGCCAAGCUACAACCAGCUUGCAAGAGUCAAAAAAGAUUAAGCUCAGUCGCUCAAAGCUCCCCUCAUCACCUUUGCCUGUACCAUGUGCCAUCAAAGACUCUAGCACUGUGGAAUCCAGCAAACCUUCAAGGUCCAGCAGACGUCACUGGAGGCAGAAAAGUCUUCCGAUCAAAGAUGAGCAGAAAGAAGCAGAAGAUAGCCAUUUGUAUGGUUUCUGGAGCCCGCCUCUCCCUCCAGAGGCAGCUAAGAGCAGAAAGUGCAAUGCCAGUGAACCUUGCGUUAGCUGUCCCCAAAAUGCAGGGCAGAUUGGCCGGGUAAGGCUCAGAAAAGUUAUCAAUGGCAGCUGCUGGGAGGUGGUGCAGGAAUCUCCCUCAGCUCAGGCCACCAGGCCAGCAAACUCUAUGUGUCCUCUAAAAGAGGAGGGCUCUCGAUCUCCGCCCAGGUAUCCUGAGCCGGAAGGAGUAGAUGCACAACAGUCAGUCACCUCAACUAGAUGUCUGCCAACAAAAAUACAAAGUCCACCUCUUAAUGAGAAGAACCUGGGAGAACAAGCUGAGAACAAGGUAUCCUUGGAAGAUGGAGACCCUUAUAAAUUGGAUCUGUUUCUGCUAGACCAUCUGACUGAGGAUGUGCAGUAUGACAAGCUGGUUUCAGCUGGUGAGUUGGAACACAUGCUUGAUAUGUUUCUGGCAGAUGAUGGUGAUGCUGUUGAGGAGCCUCAAGAGGCCACUAUUCCAGAAGGCAUGAAUAUUUUAUGGCCUGCACCAGGAGCAAAUGAGUGUCCACUAGAAUGUGCUGAAGUUGAAAGAAAAGAUAUGUGCUCUCCAGAAGUCUCUGACUGUCCUCCGUGGGUCAAGACCAAAAACAGUCUCCUAAGAGGGGAACUGGAGGCCAUUGACAUGAAGAUCAGCAGAGAAGCUCAUGGCUCAGCAAAUGGGAGACCCUUGCUAGACCCUGUUCCCAGCUACUUUCAGUUUGGGAAGUCUGAAACCAGCAGUGACUGUUUUACCUGGUACAAACCAGCUUCUCCCCAACUGGAUGAUUGGACAGCUCAGCAUCAACUGUCCCUGUCAGAGAAUAUGCCUGCAAACCUUGGUGAUCCUUUGCCCAUCACUUUGGCAGACAAUGAAGACCGGGGUUUUUUGUCCUAUGAAGUGGGUAUAUGUGGUGUCGAAACACAGCUCCAUGCUCAGACAUUGCAGAAGAGCCCUUUGCAACACCACUUGGGCUAUAAGGUGCCUCCAUGCUUGGAAGAGGAAGAGAUAGAUGUUGGUGGGGUAGACGAACUCUUGGUUAGCAUCGAGUGCGUCAGGCCAGAUCCCUCUCCGGUGUCCGAAACCGAGGUGGAUGUUGUGAACUAGUGAAUGCAGACCAUCGGAAGGAGUUGCCUUGACUACCCAGGGGCUGUGUGGGGUCAGGCCUGAUGUCAAAAGGUCUGCUGGUCAGGCUAAGAAGGGCCCACUGCUACCCUGCUCACCUCGGUGCCAAUAGGACCCCAUUGGACAUUGCUGCUGCUACUUGCUACCAUUGCCAUUGGCUCAUUAUUCCUCUCCCUGGAUGUAUUUAUCCUGGAGGCAACAGCACUUGUGGUUAAAGGGGAGCCUCAAGCCUCUGGUGGGCAGCCGCUAUGCCAAGUCUCCCAAAAUACAAAGUAUGUGGGGACCUUGGGGGACAUUCAGCGUCAUGGCUGCCUGCUGCAGGCCAAAACUGAACUGAGACUUGGCUGAGACGUCUUCCCAACUGAAAGCGGGAAGCCUGCUUGGGGAUGAGUGUGUGACACAGUAAGCAGCAACGCCACGCCUCAUCCCCAUCACCUCUCUCUUGGGACCAUC